CAAAUCUAUUACAUUUACUGAGCAAUGAGAGGGGAUGAAAAGUUUGACCUGUCGUUUAAGAUCCUGACUGUUGGUGAAAGUGGGGUUGGGAAAACAAGUUUACUGUUGCAGUACGUGGAGAGCACCUUUGGGGAGAGCUUGCUCAGUACAGUCGGGAUUGACUUUAAGUGCAAAACCGUUGAAGUGGAUCAGAAGAAGGUCCGGUUACAGAUAUGGGAUACAGCUGGUCAGGAGAGGUUCCAUUCCAUGGCGAGCUGGUAUUUCCGAGAUGCCAAUGGGUUAGUAUUAGUUUACGAUAUUACCCACAUUCGUAGUUUCGAAAGGGUUAGUGGAUGGGUGGACAACGUUAGGAAAAGUGCCCCCGCAGACGUAGAAAUAUUUUUGGUCGGAAACAAGGCAGAUAAGCAGUACAAAAGAGUUGUUUCUCACGAAAAAGGAGCUGAGUUGGCAGCUAAUUACAACAUCACCUUCUUUGAAACCAGUGCUAAGACCGGUGAAAAUGUUAAUAAUGUGUUCGAGGAGCUAACGAAAGCAAUCUAUGAAAAUUAUAAGAAAAAUAAGAGACAAUCGCCCAUUCCAGAAGUUGCUAAACUGAGUGCACCGCCCGUUGUUGAAGAACGUUCUGCCUGCUGCAGUUACACAUAACAUCCAGGAGUUCUUUGUUUUAGGUGUGAAAUUAUCCGGGGUUUUCUAGUGUACAGUCUUAAAGACUGACCUGUCACUUACUACAUUCUUACGAGAGUAAGAACACAAGCGCUCGCGAUCCAACGCGAAAAUACGCUAGUUAAUAAUUUUAUGUCACUGUCAGUCCAAAAGUUCGAUAACUUGAAGUUAUAGAUUUUAAUCGCUGAUUAGCUGUUACUGUUGGGUGGUGUCGGAUAGAUGGUCCAGCUUCAGCCUGCCAUUGAUUUAUGGACGAUUAAAUAAGCAUAUCUACUGCAAUUAACAUACUUUGCUUAUAUUUGAUUUUGAAUUUUACCAUUUAAUUUCUUCUUUGCAACGAAUUUAUAUAUAUCAAGAGGACUGAUUUUGUAAAUCUUUAAUGUAUAUUAAUUGUCUUAGAGGGAGUACUGUAAAGUUUGGUUACUGGAACGUGUAAUUUGAAGGUUUAUUUCUUGUGGAAAUUUGAAUCAGGGUUUACUUUUCUUUUAUUUCUUGUUGAUUUUCAUUGUCUUACCUUAAGCUCGUAAAGUCGUUGCACUCAAUUCAUGGCUGGUACAUGCUUAAUUUUAAGACCAAAGCUUUGACAGUUAUAAAUCUUACAAUUUAAGGCAGAAGGAGAUCUCGAGCGCUUAGAUCGAUGAUAAAUAAUGUGAAAAUUAUCACAGGAUUAAGGGAAAAUAUUUCUGGUAAAUUCGAGGGGGGCAGAGACUUAUAUUCUCAGAUUUGUACUAUAUCAUAGCCAUUGUGUAUAAUAUAAUAAUAUUGUGUAUAAUUUGUUGCUUUGAUAAA